AAAGGUUUCAAGAACACUUGACUCUCAUUCUGAAAAGAAACGCAAAAGCUGAUGGAUCACUUCGGUUGACGGAUGCGCUUGAUAAUUAGUUUUUUAUUAAAACCGUUAUUUUUUGGUGUGCUGAGCGGUAGUGAAACAAUACCAGUAAAAAUCGGAUAUCUACAAUUGAAGAAACGACACGUAGAAUGGAGUUGACAAAUGUGAAAAUUGAUGGUGAUCUUCCAUCACCCGCGAUUGGUAAUGGACCUGCGGCAAAUGCAAAAGAAAAAACCCAAACGAAAUUAUUGUAUGCGAUUAACGAAAAUCCACCAUGGUAUUUGAGUAUAUUUCUGGCGCUGCAACAUUAUUUGACCAUGAUUGGCGCCAUUGUUUCCAUUCCGUUCAUUUUAACGCCUGCUCUUUGCAUGUCCGAUGAAGAUCCUGAUCGUGGCGUUAUCAUAUCGACGAUGAUAUUUGUAACGGGAAUCGUCACUCUGCUCCAGGCUACAUGGGGUGUUCGGCUUCCGAUAGUACAGGGUGGCACAAUAUCAUUUUUGGUGCCCACGUUGGCUAUCUUAUCGUUGCCCCAAUGGAAAUGCCCCGCGGUGGCGGAAAUCGAGGCUUUGGAUGAAGAUGAACGCAAGGAGUUGUGGCAAAUGCGUAUGCGAGAAUUAUCGGGAGCAAUUGCAGUGUCAGCUUUAGUGCAGGUCGUGUUAGGCUACACUGGUUUGGUUGGAAAAAUUUUACGCUUCGUAACGCCACUUACGAUUGUGCCCACAGUAUCGUUGGUCGGUCUGACGCUAUUUGAACAUGCUGCUGACACAGCAUCAAAACACUGGGGUAUCGCCGUUGGAACGACGGCGAUGCUAACUUUGUUCUCGCAAAUAAUGGCGAACGUUUCGGUGCCAUUCCCAGUUUAUCGAAAAGGUCAAGGUAUAGAAAUACGUAGUUUCCAGCUUUUCAGAAUGUUUCCGGUGCUGCUGACUAUUGCCAUAAUGUGGGGUCUCUGCGGAAUUUUAACAGUAACAAAUGUUUUUGAAGAGGGACAUCCCUCGCGGACCGAUGUACGCCUUAAGGUGUUGACUAAUGCCCAAUGGUUCUACGUGCCAUAUCCUUUUCAGUUCGGGCUGCCGUCGAUUACACUGUCUGGUGUUUUGGGCAUGUUGGCGGGCGUUUUGGCCUGCACAGUCGAGUCAUUGAGUUACUAUCCGACCGUUUCCCAAAUGGCAGGCGCACAGUCUCCUCCACUUCACGCCAUUAAUCGCGGCAUUGGUACUGAAGGUCUUGGAACGGUAUUAGCUGGAAUUUGGGGUGCUGGAAAUGGCACUAAUACCUUUGGUGAAAAUGUGGGAGCCAUUGGAGUAACGAAGGUCGGCUCGCGUCGUGUUAUUCAAUGGGCUGCAUUGAUAAUGUUACUACAAGGUGUCAUUGGUAAAUUUGGCGCCGUGUUUAUAAUGAUACCAGACUCGGUGGUUGGAGGCAUUUUUUGUGUGAUGUUUGGCAUGAUUAUAGCCUUUGGACUUUCCACAUUGCAGUAUGUGGACUUGCGUUCGGCGCGAAACCUCUAUAUACUUGGUUUAUCUAUUUUCUUUCCUAUGGUCUUAUGUAAAUGGAUGCAAGAACACCCGGGGUCUAUUAAUACAGGCAAUGAAACAAUCGAUUCGACACUGUCGGUUUUGUUGGGCACUACAAUUCUGGUGGGUGGCUUGUUGGGUUGCUUCUUGGAUAAUAUCAUACCAGGCACUGACGAAGAGCGCGGUCUUGUUGAGUGGGCUAAUGAAAUGCCACUCGGGGAUGCCAAUAUCAAUGAUGGUACCGCCACGGAUUACGAUUUCCCAUGGGGCAUGGACACUUUAAGAAAAUGGAAAUGGACCUAUUAUAUACCAUUCUUACCAACAUACAAGCUACAAAAAAGAAGUUAAAUGCAAAUAUGAAAAUUAUGUAUCUCAUCUCUUAAUUUAGUAAUUUAAAAAAACGUUGUUUGUACUUAUGUAUGUAUGCAUAAUAUGCAUUGCAUAUAUGUAAACACAAAUACUUAUGCAUGCAUGCAUCUAUUUAUCUAUGCAUUUUAUAUAUGUAAACUAAAAAUGAGAUUCGUUUUGUUUUAAAACUUUCCUUAUGAAUAGUACACAUCUAAAAUA